AAGCAGACAUAGAAGAGGAUGCGAAUCCUUUGGGAUUAUCCUGUAUGUACCAUCCACACAUACUGACAAUCACUGGCCGGGAGCAAGCACACCACUGGCCAGUCCUAUAGGACACCCAACAGUGGCAAACUUGUUGUCAUGGCAUCCCUGGAGGAGGAGCUGACCUGCUCCGUGUGCCGUGAUGUCUUCCACCAGGCCCCUCCCCUUCCCUGUGGGCACACCUUCUGCCCCGCAUGCAUCCGGGAGGCCUGGGGGCAAGGCAGCGCAGGGCCAAAGGGGCGCUUCAACUGCCCCCAAUGUCAGGAAGAUCAGGGGGUGGUGGCGUGUGACUGCUGCCCUCCAGUAGCGGAGGGAGAGGAGGUACCGGUGGCAAUGAAAACAUGUUUACGCUGCGAGGUGUCUCUGUGUGCCGAGCACCUGCAGCCUCACCUGGAGCGUCCCGCCUUCAGCACACACCCGCUGGUGGAGCCACUAGGGGACCUGUCACAUCGCAGGUGCCCCACACACGAGGAGGUUUUUCGCUACUAUUGCGCUGACGAGAGAGUGUACGUGUGUGCGGACUGCAUACUGGAGGGAGGCCAUGCACAGCAUCGAGUGAAAGGGCUGAAGAAGGUGGAGGAGGACCUGAAGGUCAUCCUCCAGAGCCUUCUCCAGAAAGCAGAGGAGAAGCUAAGGGAAGGUGAACAGAUCCUCCAAGAACACCAGAACACUGACCGCACCAUGACGGACAUGUCGGCAGCGGACGACGCCCAUGUGGAGCGUCUAGGUAAUGCCCUGCAGGGGCAGGUGGAGAGGCUGGUGCAGGCUCUGAGGGUCAGCACCAAGGCGGAGAGGCAGCAGGCCAUGGAGCGUAUCCAGGAGGACUGCUCCAGGGUGAGGGGAGACCUGAGCCAGACACAGGGCAUCCAGCACUACCUGGGCUCCCUGCUGGAAGAGACAGACCCCUUCCUACUCAUCUGGGCUUUUCAGUCUGAUGACUCAAAGCUGCUAGCGGACCUGAACUGCCCACUGUACACCCCAGACCCUCUCAGCUUAGACAGGAAAUACAUCCUGGAGGACAUCGAGAGCAAGUACAAAGAGUUCAUUACUGAAACAUUACGCUGUCUCAGUGAACUCAAGAGAGAGCUCUUGACCAGUCCCUUGACCCUGGACACUAACUCUGCCCAUCCCCUCCUGAGUAUUUCUGGUGACCUGUGCUCAGCCAUGAGGGUCAAGACCCGCCUUCCGUGUGCUGCUCAUGCUGAGCGCUUCGACCACUGGGCCCAAGUCCUGACUGUCCAGACCUUCUCCUCAGGAACACACUACUGGGAAGUGGAGGCUGAAGGCUUCUGGGAUAUUUCCAUCACCUACAGAAGUAUUGGGCGGAAAGGCAAGGAGGGCAAUGCCUUCGGCAACAAUAAGAUGUCGUGGAGCUUAACACAGCAGCAUGACAAAAAGCUGGCUGUCUGGCACAACCGCAGAAAGAUCCGCCUCCCCACUCAGAUGUCAGGCAACCGGGUGGGUGUGGCCCUCGACUACGGGGCGGGCACUAUCACCUUCUCUGAGGUGGGCCCCUCCUCUGUUCUCAGCCAUCUGCACACCUUCAGCACCUCCUUCACCCAGCCCGUGUGCAUGGGCUUUGGCUUAUACAAAGCUGAGCUCAACAGCAGGAUCUCCAUAGCGAAGGUGUAAAGAGGGAGACAAGAACACGAAGCUUGGUAUAGUAUUGUGAGAAGUGAAUUUAAAUGCAUAAACCGAAUCUCACUGGUGAGAAUAUGCACAUUUUUACAUAGAACUGCAGUGCCCUGGACAUUUUCUAUUUUUGUUGUUAACGUUAAUUUAUCCAGACAUGUUUCAUUGCAUAUUUGGAAGCUCUGUGAACCCAAAUAUUGGCAAUGCUAAGUUUGACCAUGGUAAAGCUGAAUAUUAGAGGCUCUGAGGAAGAUGGACUUUUGCUUUCUUAAGUUUAUGAUCUGUCCAAGGCUUUAAAGCUGUAAAUGAUUAUGAUAUAAUUAAUAAAUUAUAAAAUGAAAAACAGUGCCCCCAAUUAUUGUCGGGACUUCUGCACUUUCCUCCAGCUCGAGUUUCAUUGACAGUGGCUGCCCGCCUCACCAAAGGCGAUUGGCUGGAACAGGAUUGCAGGAACAUAAUUGGUUCGAAAGUAGUGGGUCGCUCCAAAAUUUGAAAUUGACAUUCUACUGGCACUGAACUGUCUGUGUUGUUGAACAAUUUACACAUGUGUAUUGGGGACAAGACAUUUCUUUAAGCCUUGUUUAUGUGCACUUCUUCACAUCUACCACUUGAUGGGGAUCUUUCAAAGCCCCAUUGUGGAGUAACCUCCAUUUGGCAGUACAUUCAAGUACAUUCAUCCAAUAACAUUAUAACUAUACAUAAUAAAGUAAAGUUAAUAAAGUAAAUAUUUAGAUAGCUCUACUUUUGUAUUGAUGUUAUGUUAAAAUGUGUCAACUUACCUUUUACCCAUAUGUAGUGCACAUACCUAAUGAAAAUAGAUUUUCAAUAAAAAUUCAUUUGGACUGUGUACUGACCUCAGAUUAUCGUUAAUUCUGGACUAACAGAGCACACUAUUGUCUUUUUCUUAUUCUAUGAUUUUUGUUAUCU